AUGCUUCGCCCUGCAAUUGUCUGCACCAACCCUAACAUCUCCCUCACAAAUCUGUUUUCUGGCUCUGGCUCAGCAGUUGCCUCUCUUGGUGGAGCUACCUUACUCGGGUCUCUCAACAUUUCAUCUGGACUCUCGUCCGCUCUCAGCAACACGAGCUGUGUCACAGGCUUCGGUGGGCUCCCUGUUUUUAGUACUGGACAGACCGGGCAGGUCAAUGGAGGUCUGGGCAGCCUUGGAAACCUGAUUGGAAUUGUGACCUCAUCUUCCCCUUUGUCAUCAUCGUCAUCCUCUCAGUUGCCUCAAGCUUCUGCUUCUCUCUCUGUGUGCUCUUCGUCAGUAACGCCGUCUUCAGCUGCACUAAGUCUGGCUUCUACCGGAGCCCGUCUUCUUUCCUCAGGGGGAGAUCUGCUGCACUCUUCGGUAGGUGGGGCGUCCCUUACUGCACCAGGAACAAGUUUUCUUAACACGGGAAUAGUUGAGUCUCAGCAACAGCAGCAUCAAGCUCAUCAGACUCUUCUGGCUGCUGCAGGACAUUUGACAAAUCCGACAUCUGGAAUCAAGCUAUCGGCUAGCGCUGCCAGUUCAAGCGUGUUUACACCA